AUGUAUCAAUUUAAAAUCAGACUAACAGGCACUUACCUCCCUGUCUCGACACUGUAUCAAUGUGAUCUCCCAUCGUCCGUUGCAGAUUCGAAGGACCCGCUAGCAAAAUUAGACGUUGUAAACAACGAGAAAUUGUGCGUACCUGUGUCUCUUCGAAUAGAAUCAACGAAAUGUUGAUUCUGCCGUUGUUUUUCGGCUUUCUUCUCGCAAGCCUUGCGGUGGGUGGUGUAGCCACGAGGUUUGAUGUCCUGUUGACACAAGUCGCAAUAUCUUGUCCUCUCAGGGCCCAUUUUGUGGAUGGUUUGUGUGCUGGGAGAGAUUUGGAUGGAAAGAAUAGGAGAGAACACUCAAAAUGCUGCGAGGGGGGGAAUUCGAGAAUCGAGACAAAUAUCAAUCAUCUUGCAUGCGUAUUGCAACCGCUUGAAACCCCGCCAUCAAUCUUACAACAUGGUUUGUAAUCGUCAUUGUAACACGAUGUAAACGGUACCUGAUUACAACCGACUUAGGAAA